CAGGCCAUGGGCUUCUCAUUAUCCUUAGACGGCCAAUCUUCCCUCGCGGUAAGCGAGGUCGAGGCAAGCAGAUUUCCUCCAGCCGUUCGGCUGCGCCAUUUGGCUCUAAGGCGGAAACCGGUAACACGAUUGAGCCCCAGUGGCUCACUAUGGGUGGUGAGAUGAGUAUGUCUUGGAGGUGCUCUGCUGACAUAUCAUGCGAGGAGCGGUACGAGCGGCUAUUGCUUGAAUUGAUAUGGUCGACACGCAGCACGCAAGUUGCCUCCGUCCAUCUAUGAUCAGGUUGCAAUUGCGAUAUUCUGUUUCCUUGAUUCAUCUAUUGAACUCCCCUUCCCAAAUUAUUUACCGUCUUCGCGGACACAUAUUCAAGUUUUCUACAGUGUAUCUCCUUUUCCUACGCUAGUGCCUCAAUCGCUUACGAAGCUCAAAAUUCUUUUCUAUCAUGCCUUCCACUCCCACCAAUCGGCUUGUUGUAGGCCUGGACUACGGUACCACCUUUACUGCAAUCCGUCUCCCGCCCCCGCUUCACGAUAUCAAUGACGCGAAGAGAGGCAUCGAAGACGGCCAUCUGGAAUUGAGCGGGGACGACUUGAAGCAUUUAUUUGACCCUUGCAUUGAGCAAACACUGGCGCUCAUCAAUGGUCAAAUACAAACCAUCAAAAGAACCGGCUCUCAGGUGAAAUAUGUGUUCCUGGUUGGGGGAUUUGGGAUGUCCAAGUAUAUGUUCGAUAGAGUUCGAGCAUUUACCCUUGCGCAGGGGAUAACCACGAUACACCCCCCGCAUCCUUGGUCAGCAAUUGCGCGGGGAGCAGUCGCAAAGGGACUCGAAACCGAUAUUGACCUCGUGUUCUUAAGGAAAUGCCGGCGUCAUUAUGGCACUCCAUGCUCCCAGUUAUUCGAUGAUGAAGAGCAUGACGAACAAGAUGCCUAUCGCGACCAGUACGAUGGAAGGAAAAUGGCCCGGGGUCAGAUGAACUGGCUCAUCAACAAAGGAGAUGCGCUCCUUUCACGACAGCCCCUUCACGCUCACAUCGACGUCCAUACCGAAUUUUGGUUGGACGAAGCAAAGAUCUUUACUGCUUUGUUAACAGCUUGUGAUGAUGAUGUUCCUCCGAAACGUUUCGCUGAUGAUGCCGUCUAUAAGGUGGUAUCGCUGACCGCCGACGUGAGCACUGUACCCGAGUCCAUGUUCCAAUUCUGCAAACCAGGUCCAGGCAGGAAGCCAUUCUUGCGCUUAGACUUUGACAUCAAUAUUUCCUUGACAAGUAGCUUGAGGUUCUGGGUAACAGUGGACGGUCAAGAGUAUGGUUCGGUGGAGGCACGCUAUGAGUAGCCUUAGGUCCUCAUCUCCUUUUCUCUAGUAUUCCUUUACGCCUGUUCUUGACAUAUGCAUCGGAUAUCGUCCUGAGGGUAAUAG